GACACACAUUUGCGAGAUCUUUCCCUUGACCCCCCUCCCUCUCUCUUCCCCAUCUGAUUAGUCCUUCAGUCAUGGCUUCCUGGACAGCCCUGAAAAUCUGCUUUCUUCUCUUCGUUUGCGUGAUCAUGUCGGGAUCUGCCUCUACACAGCAGCUGUCCGGCCAAGAUUACUACGCGAGGAGGUGCCCGAAAGCGCUCGAGACCAUCACAGCCGUUGUGAAGUCGGCGGUGGCCAGCGAGGCUCGCAUGGGAGCGUCGCUGCUCCGCCUUCACUUCCACGAUUGCUUUGUCAAUGGAUGUGAUGCAUCGGUUCUGCUGGACGACACCGCGAAUUUCACCGGGGAGAAGACAGCGUUCCCCAACGCAAACUCCCUGAGGGGAUUCGAUGUGAUCGACACCAUCAAGUCGAAAGUGGAGAAAUUGUGCCCCGGCAUCGUCUCGUGCGCCGACAUCUUAGCCGUUGUUGCUAGGGACUCCGUCGUCGAAUUGGGUGGCUGGGGUUGGCAAGUUCAGCUAGGAAGAAGGGAUUCGACCACGGCGAGCCUGAGCGCUGCAAAUACCAACCUUCCAGCUCCAACUCUUAAUCUCAGCGGCCUCAUCACCUCUUUCUCUAACAAAGGCUUCACUGCCCAAGAAAUGGUGGCGCUCUCAGGAUCCCACACCAUAGGCCAGGCUAGGUGCGUGACGUUCAGGGCCCGGCUCUACAAUGAGAACGACAUAAGCUCGUCGUUCGCCACGUCUUUAAAGGUCAGUUGCCCCAGCUCGGGAGGCAACAACAACCUCUCCUCUCUCGACGUCACGAGCCCGACGUCCUUUGACAAUGCCUACUUCAGCAACCUGGUGAACCAGAAGGGCCUGCUCCAUUCGGACCAGCAGCUGUUCAGUGGUGGUUCGACGAACGCUCAAGUGACCGCCUACAGCAAGAACGUGGGCUGGUUCAGGAACGAUUUUGCCAAGGCCAUGGUCAAGAUGGGAGGCCUUAGCCCUCUCACCGGGUCUAGCGGUCAGAUCAGGACGAAUUGCAGAAGAAUCAAUUGAUUUUAAUCCUGGCUACUGUUCUUUCCAUGA